AUGCCAUCUGAGAUAACUGAUGAUUAUUUUGAGAAUUCUAUUUUCACGGAAUAUAGUAUAGAUAUUCAUACCGCUGGUUAUUAUUCGGUUAUUUAUUAUUUCAUUGAUGAAAAUUCAGGAAAUUUGAUACCUCAUAUGAAUAGUUUGCUCUGCUUAGGAUUAGUCAGCGUCAUCAUUGUAAGUUCAGAAACGAUUACAAUUUGAAAAAAAAAGUUCAGAUCAUAACAUUUAUAAUAAUCAUUGUGUCUGCUGUCAAACUUUUCCGCAUUGUGUAUGACUUGAAUCGUAUGACAUCAAACCUUUCCCAAAAAAUUCACCGAGAAUUGUUUUGGACCCUCGUCGUCCAAUCUUCAACCCCUUGCAUUUUAUAUUAUAUUCCGAGUAGUAUAAUACUUUUUAUGCCAAUUUUUCAAAUUAAAUUUCAAACUUUAGAACACUUGCAUCCCAUUUUUCUAUCAUUAUACCCUAUUAUAGAUUCAUUAACAGUCACAAUAUUUUAUAGAGGAUUCCGAAAAACAUUAAGAGGUUUAGUUCGAUCAUUAUGAAUUAUAAUGAAUUAAUACGAUUUAGAAAUAUUCUCAAAAUCGAGAGUUAGCCAAAGUUGAUGUUCGAUCAAUUAACAAAAAUAAUCGCAACAUGCACUUUUUUAAAUAAUAUAAUAUAAUUUUUCUCAUCCACUUCUAUUUUCAUAUUCGCUGAAAACAAAAACAAAAGUCAUUCUUCAUCCAUUCAUCGUCUUUUUUUCUCAUAAGUAAGUCUGGAUUAUACCUUGACGUUCAUUUCAUUUUUGUUCGUAAUCGGUUUCUGAUUAGAAUUAGAAUGAAUUCAUAGUAGUGGGAAUUUCUUUUUAUUUAGUUUUUUUUUCAUUUUCUUUCUUCAGAAAAACAACACAGAUUGUAUGCACAAUUUGCCUCUUGUUCGAAACCAAUAAUUAUUUUCCCUCUUCUCAUUUUGUCGUCGCCCUUGCUCGUUUUCAGAAGUGGUUUGAUUUGAGUUGAGUAUUAUAUGUAUGACGAAUCUCUUCUUGAUCUAUCUUUGUCUUUUUCAAUGCGUGUUUUCUUCACGUUUCUCGGGUUUUUAUGAUGUGCCCGAAAUUAUCGAAGAAAUUGAAGAGAAAAAUGAUUUCAGGUAUGUUAAAUCUUUAAUAAAAAGAUUAAUAUAGAAAAUAGGCUUUUCUUUGAAUAUUUAAAUAUCACGCCCACUCGCGAAAAAAGUCGAACAAAAAUUAUAUUAUUUAAUCCUUUCCAGGAGUCCAAUAAUCCAAUACGUUUCGAACAAUCCUCAGAAUAAUUCUCAAACAAAAAAUGGUUUUCUCAACAUAAUGAGUUCUCGAAACUUCGAAAGGUUCGUUCGUUUUUUUUGUCCCAUUAUUUCACAUGAUUUUGUUCUCAGAAUUAAUAAACAUGUAUUUAAUUAUAGCGUUCAACCCGGCAAUUUUCAAGUACAGGUUUCCUCGCGAGGCAACCAAAGUUUCGCUUACCAGGUUUUGUUUAUGUUCACACUGUUACAUAACACUAUGGUGAUCACUAAUCUCUCACUUCCGUUCAAAUUUAAUGAUUUGGAAUAUUAUUUUGGAACUAAUCAGGAUUUAUCAAACUACAGUUCAAUUCCUUAUUCCCUGAUUUGUGAAUAUCCAAUGGCUCGAUAUGUUCCAUCAUUAUACGGAAAGGUUAGCCAAAGUACAAGAAUGAUUUUCAAAAAGAAAAAAAAUUUGAAAGAUUAUAAAAAUAAUCAACUGUCUGGCUUCUAAUUGUUCAUAUUUAUUUUAGUUUUUCGCAAUUGAACCAUCUGAGCCAGUUAGUCGAGUGUUUUUUGGUUGUAAAUCAGCUGAAGAGAACUAUUGUUGUGGAAUGGAAUGCUGCACAAAUUUGAGCUUUUUCGAUAUUUUAAAGUGAGUAAAAUAAUUUCAAAUUGUCAUAGUGCAAAUUUAAUUCGAUUUUCAGAACUUGUAUGUACUUUAUCGGUGUUAUAAUCUUUUUAAUCGUAGUCUGCCAACAAAUUUCUCUCUGUGAUAAACGUGCCAAACACAAAUGUGCUAAUUAUGAAACUAUUUGA